AUGGCAACGCCCGCCCCGCGGCUCGGGGACGGGCCCGCGACUCCUCGGGGACGGCACCUGCACCUCCUCGGGAUGGGGCUCGCGGCUCCUCGGGGACAGGCCCGCGGCUCCUCGGGGACGGGCCCGCGGCUCCUCGAGACGGGCCCCGCGGCUCCUCGGGGACGGGCCCGCGGCUCCUCGGGGCGGGCCCGCGGCUCCUCGAGACGGGCCCCGCGGCUCCUCGGGGGCGGCACCUGCACCUUCGGGGCGGGGCCCGCGGCUCCUCGGGGACGGGACCUGUGGCUCCCCGGGACGGGAUCUGCGGCCACCGGGGUGCCCCCAGACCUUCUGCCACAGCCCCGGCCCGGAGGUUCCCCGGGACCCCUGCGCUGCCCCAGCCCCGGCGCCUGGCCCGGCCCGGCCGCCGGCACCGUGCCCCGGGCCCGCUGGGAGAAGGGGACACCGCGGAGCAAAGCAGGGGACAGCGGCCGGCCCUGCCCGCCACCACGGCUGAGCUGUCGCCCUCCAGGACCUGCUCCGAAACUCACGAGUUCGGCUCUCUUAAAAUUAAAGACACCCCCGGUUUGGGUUUGUUUUAUUAUCCUGUUGUCUCCUUGUUAUAGUUAUGAUUUACUGGAACAGAUUGUGAGAUGUUUGCUGCUGCUCUCAGUGCUCUGCCUGGCUGGCUGUGAAGGCAACAAGAGUGACCUGGCCAGCACCCAUGGCCCAAGGCCAGGUGUUGCCCUCCGUGUCAAGAGGAGCCCAGAUGCCUGCGUGCCCAACCCGUGCCAGCACCAGGGGCAGUGCCAGGUGCCUGUGGACAGACCAGUUUGCAGCUGCAAGCCAGGCUUCACAGGGGAAUUCUGCCAAGAUGUGGUGCUGAAGCUGGCCUGUGAGGAAGAGCACAUGAAGAUGAUGGUGAGGAAGGAGGUGUUUGAGCUCUUGAAAAUCCCACUGGAGCUUGUCCACUUGAAGAACCAGGCAUGCAAGGUCUCAGAGAAGGAAGAAGAGGGUGAGCUGUUUUUUGCAGCCAUUCUCACAGGUGAAAACCACACUGCCUGUGGAUCAGUGAUCCAGCAAAACAGCUCCCAUGUCUCGUACUCCAACGCCAUCGAGUCGGAGCAGGAGGCCCCCAGGGCCACGAUCUCCCGCAGUUUUCAGCUGGAGGUGCACUUCUCCUGCAUCUACGCCUACCAGCAGCUUGUGAGACUGCCCUUCACUCUCACUGCUGUUGACAAGCUGGUACAGCUUGUGGUCAGAGAAGGACACUUCAAUGUCAGCAUGAGACUGUACAAGUCCCCCUCCUACCUCGAGCCUUAUCACCUGCCAGGUGUGGCUGUCCCCCUCACGGACACACUCUAUGUGCUGCUGAAGAUGGAAGGGCAGCACCAGCUCAAGUAUUUCCUGCUGAGUGUUCUGGACUGCUGGGCCACGCCGAGCCCGGAUCCGCACCAGGACACGCAGCACAAGCUCAUUGAGCAGGGGUGUCCCCAUGACGAGACGGUGACCUAUCUGAGUGCCAUUGGCGAGAGCACCACUGCCAAGUUCAGCUUCCAGAUGUUUCAGUUUGUUGGUUACCCUGAGGUGUUCCUGCACUGCCGUGUGCAGCUCUGUGUUCCUGACAGCCCAGAGCCCUGUGCCAAGCAAUGCCCCAGGCACUGGAGGAGCAGGCGGGCACUGGCAGAUGACUACAACAGGAUUGUCUCCUACGGGCCCAUCCUCCUGCUGGCUGCUCCUUCCUCGGGAGCAGAGAUCCACCAUUCCAGCAGCGACCAGCAGGACCCAGCGGGACCCAGCCCGUGGCUCUCCAGGGCCCUCACCCUGCUGGGUGUGCUCGCCGUGCUCGCUGUGGCUGCUGCGGCCGUCAGCGUGGGGCGGAGGAUGGGUUAG